GCGGAUUACCAUCUGUGCGUGUUGUUCUUUGAUUGUUUACUUGUCGACGUUGAGCUUGCCGUUAAUCGUAACAAAGCGCGCCCACAGACGAGCACGAGACGAGUUUUAUCGGCUUUAGUGGGGUCACGCCGGUCAGUGUGACGAGUUUACAAUACUGAACUUUGUGCCCGGAAGCAGCUGCAUGAGGACACCAAGACAGCUCGAGGAGGCUUCGCGUCUUGGAUUCCUUCAUUGGUUCAGCUCCCCUCCGACGAAGAUCCUACGCUUUAAACGUCAAGUCGUUUGAGGAGUCUGACGUGCUGCCGGGUCUCAGCAGGGGAAGACGUUUUCAGGCCUUUUAUUAUCGGCGCGUUUACGUCGGGGACCGAUGGCGAACCCUCUGAGGGCUGAAGUGAUCCAACUCUAUAAAAAUCUCCUCUACCUCGGACGAGAGUAUCCUAAAGGGGCCGACUACUUCAGGGACCGUCUGAGAGCAGCGUUUGCUAAAAACAAAAGUGUGCAGAACCCGGAGCAGAUCAAGGAGAUGAUCGGCCGGGGUGAGUACGUGGCCAGAGAGCUGGAGGCGCUUUACUACCUGAGGAAAUACAGAGCCAUGAAGAAACGCUACUACGAGGAAUAAAAGCUCCUGCAGACGCUGUCCCGACGACUGUCCCGACGACUGUCCCGGAGACAAAAUGAGACAAAAACCUGAGAGGGAAUUUAAAAAACUUAGUUUAUUUCAGUCUGACUGAACAGCAGACUGAAACGCUGUCCUCAAAACAAGAAAAACUGCAGCAGCGUGAGGUUUCAUCCCUGAACAGUCGAUUAUUACUGAGAACAAACAAAUAAAAGUCUAUAAAGACGA